CCCAGAAACGCUUCAGCACAGAUUAUGACUCAAUCAAUACAGGAACAGCACUUCCCCAAUCUUCAGUAGCCAUAUUUCACUGCAGGAGAACUGAACUGUUCUUUGGGAUUUUUAAACCCGGCCUGCAUGUCUGUCUCGUUGCUGAGAAUUGAAUAUCUUGAUGUUCAGAAGAAACCACUGAAUACAGGAACAGUAUCAGGGAUUGAAUUCUUCCUCACUCUGCAAAGUUUAAAGGCAUUUUAUAAUCCUUCUUUGCUGGUUUUGAAGUUUACUGAAAUGGUACCUGUUUGAUGAGUGUUGAUACCCUUGAAUGAAAAAGACCUUUGGCUGAGAUUACUGUGCUGUUGAGUGAAGCGCUUGAUCUGUUUCUAAGGAACAAGGAAUGCCCUGAUAUGGCUGCAGCAGUUGGACAAAGUGAGCUUGUUUUUGAGUUUGCCAGUAAUGGCAUGGAAGAUGGUCAGCAGCUUGGCGACCCUUCCAUUUUUCCUGCUGUCAUCGUGGAGCACGUCCCCAAUGCAGAUCUGCUCCAGGACUAUUCCGGCCUUGCUUGUGAUGAAGAAACUAAUGGGAUGAUUAAUGACAGUUCACUGGAUGUCGUAGAAGAACAGGUUAUUGGAGAGGAGAUCACUCUUUCAGUGGAAGCUUCCUGUCAAAAUGGAGAUGAAACAAUGGAAACUAUUGAGGCUGCAGAGGCUCUGCUCAACAUGGACUCGCCUGGCCCAGCCUUUGAAGAGAAAAGGAUAACUCACGUGUUUGUGCCAUCUGCUGGCGGAGUGAUUGCAGCUCCUAUCACACACAUAUCUGUGCGAGCGGAUGGGAUACCUGAGGUGGUAGAGAGCCCACAUGUGCAGGAGUCAAUACUGAUGCAGGAAGCUGUGAACCGUGAGCUGGGCAGCGAUUCAUCAGAGCAGUCCAAGAAAAGGAAAGCUCGAAAAUCCAAAGCUCCCCGUGCAGCCUCCCCACCGACACACCCAGACAUCCCAGUGAAGAGGAAAAGCAAAGAUGGCAAAGGAAGCACAAUCUAUCUCUGGGAGUUCUUGUUGGCUUUGCUGCAGGACAAGAGUACGUGUCCUCGGUAUAUCAAAUGGACUCAGAGAGAGAAGGGCAUCUUCAAACUGGUCGAUUCAAAAGCUGUGUCCAGGCUGUGGGGCAAACACAAAAAUAAACCAGAUAUGAAUUACGAGACUAUGGGCAGAGCCCUCAGGUAUUACUACCAAAGGGGAAUCCUCGCCAAGGUUGAAGGCCAGCGGUUGGUCUACCAGUUCAAGGAGAUGCCGAAAAAUCUGGUGUGCAUUGAUGAUGAUCACUUCAGCUCUAAUUCUGAAACCCAAGAAAGUUCUUCUAGUCUUACAACUGAUACGUCAGUUGUGUCUUCAACUGCACGACCUUCUGCAAUAUCCCAACCAUCGGUGGUCGUUAGUACCAUCUUGACACAGCAGCCCAAGGCUACUCCGCAUAUUAUGUCGGGUGCCAAGAAAACAAUGGCUCCAGCACAGCCCACUACUGUUGUCAAGUCUCUAAAGGCAGCAAUGGCCGGGGAGAGUGCGUCGCAGUCAGUACAUGUGAUAUCAUCUGAAAUGCUGAGAACUAUCCACGGCCUUCAUGCAGUGCAUCCACCACAGCAGUCCAGGGUUCUGAAGACUGUGCAGGUCAUGCAGUCAGUUCAGCCUGGUCAAGGAGGACAAAAGGUCAUAACCAGCUGCAGCCCAGUCUCAACAUCAGUGCCGACAGUCAGAACGAUAAAGAUCCCGACUCAGGUUCCAGUGGUUGUGUCACCAAGCACUCAGCAAGUUAAUACCGUCAGGCUACAAACUGUUCCCCUCACCACCGUCAUCACAAGCACUGAGUUAGCCACGUCCUCUCCAAAAUACAUCCUACAAACCGUUCCAUCUUCUCAGCCAGUGACUGUGCUGAAAGAAAAUUUCACCCUGCAAGGGACACAGCUGUCUUCCAGAAUAGCUGCAUCAACGACGAUGACACAUCUCCAGGGUGCAAAGGUUCAGCACGUUCUCGCUACCAGUUCUCAGUCAAUCAAUAAUCAAAUUCCAUCAUCUACCACAGUAGGUGCUGCUACUCCGGUGGUGACCUUCGCAGCCACCAGUCAGCAGAUUAUGACCCAUCCAUCAAGCACUGUCUUCACUUCAGUAAUCAAGGCACCAGAGACCAAACAACCAGUCAUACAGACCCUGACCAAACAGCGAGCCACAGAAACCAGACAGCACUCUCAUGUAAUAGUGCUCACAAACUCAGAUGUGUUUCCUAACCCCGUGAUUUUACAAGCAGAAGGAGAGUACGAGGAAAUUGAUGUAGAAUCACAAUGAAAACUCUCUCCAACAUUCAAAGCAUAAUUUUAGAUGUUUACUUGAAAUAUUUUCAACGUAGUGUCAUUCACUUUUGUAAUUGGAGGAUUGCAUAUAAAUGGUGCUGUUGGACUCAAGGAAGUGCAUUCAUAUAGAAGCAAAAAGUACUCUUUGCUCAUUUUGAUGUUUCAUAUUUGCUUUUGUAUGACAUGUUACUAAAUGUUUGGUAAAUUUAAUUGUAAAGCAAUUUUGUAUUUUUAAGUUGUUUUAAACCCAGUACCCUGAGUACAUGAAUAUAUUUGUUCCUAAGAUAUAAUUGACUACCUUAUAGCCUUUAUCGAUCGCCACAGAAUAUUGACUGGAUUCGCAAUUCAGUUUUUAUAUUGUUUAAAAUACAGUAGGAAGUUUUUUGCCCAUCAUUCUCCUUUCAAAGUAAUAGGUAUAUAUUGCAAUUUGACAGUUUCUUCUAUUCAGUCUGAAAGUCAAUCCAGUUGCAUAGCAGGGUACUUUUGUUUCCUGGUGAGUGACUUUUACUCCAUGAUUUUAAAAAAAAUCUGGAAUAUUUUGCCUUUGAUAGAAUUCUGAAUUUCAAAUGAAAGCCAGAACUUCAGAAAUGACCACUGUUUACUGAAGUUUUUAUACUUGCCUUAUUUUCAUCUCUUGCAAAACUACUGUAUAAUCUUUACUGGAAAUUAAAUGGGAGAGGGAACAGGCUAUAUUAACUUCAUUAACUAAGGUUUUAUCAGUGGGAAAUAUUUGGAAAAAAGUUAAGUACUUUUAUUUACAGUGAGAUUCCUCAACUCAUUAGUGUACAUAUUUGAAAAGAAAACUUUUGCUUUUGUAAAUAAUGUAUAUUGUGCUCUAUUUUUUGAGAUUGAAAAACUAUUUGAACAUGUAACAAUUACUCUUUGUCAGCUUUUUAAACAAAAAAGAAGGUACAUUUUAUAUAGUUUUUUGAGAGUUGACAUGUAAACCACUGACAUUUCCAUUGGCAUUAUUAAAGAGUGAACUGAUGUUAAAAUAAACAAUUUCA